AUGCCCUUCUAUUCGAGCGUGCGUAAGACGUCGGCGACGACGGCUAUCAACGAUGCGAAUACUCCAUACCCCCCAAAUGGCAGUAAUGGCAUUUCGCGACAACCUCGCACUACCGCUAGUGGGCGCGCGGUGAGGGCCAACACCACCAGACCCGCCAACUACUACGCCCGCCCCUUUGGCAAUCCAGCUGCCAUUGGCGACCACGAUGCGAACGCGGACAAUGCUGGACCUCAACAGCCUGAUGCCUUCUACCCAGGCAUAACCUUCUUCACCGACGCCAUCACCGCCCUGCCGAAGGAGGUGCAAAAGCAGUUCACAUUGAUGAAAGAGGUUGAGGCCAAGAUUCAUGGACCUACAGAGCAGAUAGGGCAGAUAAUCGAUCAGAUCAUGGACAUGCCGGUGCCGAGACUCAAAGAGACCACCACAUCUACUGCACAAAAUGCUUCUACGCAAGGCCUGCUCAGCUUGACUGCCAACAACAGCACGUCCGGUAGUGCCAAUGUCAGUCUGAUCAAUGGUCAGGCUGACAGAUACAGUGCGCAUCCCUCUAUCAGCGGAUCUGUUGAUGGCGAGCAGCAUGCAGAAAGCGAAGGAGAUCGCCAAAAGCGUCUGAAGUGCUACGAGCUGCGAGCUGUGACCAGUGGACUGCUCGCGAAUCUUGACGAAAAGAUCGUAGUGCUGUCCGAAGCAAAUCGCGUCUUGAAGCUGCAGCAAAUGCGACUGGACUCGGUCAUGCCGCAGCUGGAAGUUGAGAUUAGCGAAGAGGCGCGACUGGGCAGCAUGACCCAUUGGGCAUACUUUGACAACCGGCAGAAAACCAAAGCCGUUGCCAGCAGCGCCAACAGGCAGAGAGAUGUGGCUGCCAUGAAUAGUCUCGCGGUGGCCGGUAAUUUGCUCCACGAACAAGAGAUUGCAAAUGUCAGGACAAAUGCAGGCAAGGAGGCUACACGCGAGAAAAGAGGAGGAAAGCGAACUGAACAUGCUGGAGACUCAGACUUCGACGAUAAGCCGCGAAAAGUGGCCAAAGUUGGCAAAGGCAAAGCAGCUGCAGGUGGAGGACCAGCUGGUUUGGGUAUUUCUACCAAUGGCGAGCCUGUAACCAAGAGGAAGAAGCCUGCCGAAAAAGGUCUUGCGGCGCCAGGUAUGGAGCGCACAGUCUCCGCACCAGGCAAAGGCGCGAAAGGAAGAGACACGCCUAGAAGCACACCUACAGCAGAACCUGCGGCCAAGGCGAAAGCCACCAAAGCUAAGCCGGGCCCUACAGGACCUAAAAGAAAGAUGCCAGCUUCCGCGCAAAAUAGUCCUAUGCUGGCAAGCAGCCCCCUGGCCGCUUCCUUCAGUCCUGCAACGGCUGCUGCGUCGCUUGACGUUCGACCUUCGAGCUCCCGAAUGCGACAAAACUCCUCCGCCACGAACCUUCGCCACGAACGCUUGCGAGAUGAAGACGAGAACGACAGUCGACCGUCUUUGGCAGCUGGCGACAAGGCUGCGCCGAAAAUGAAUGGAAGGAAGAAGGUUCAAGAGACCACAGAAGAGCACGAACAAAUCAUUCGAGAGGAACCGACUGAGCUUUCGCGACAGCAUAGUGAGAAGCUAAAGCGUGAGGAUACCGAAAUGCGAUAUGCAAGCGGUAAUGAGAAGGACCGACCGGUGAACUCGCGAUCUGGUAGCAACAGCCGUAAGAACAGCGGGAGGAAUAGCAAAGUCAGUACGCCGAGAGCUGAGAGCUUUCCGACUUCGACCGCGCUUGGUGGAGAGGCUAUGGCGAGAUCGAGGAGCACGAGGAGUAAGCCUGGAGAUCGAGAUGAUAGCUCGAGCGAACCACAGCAAGGCAGCGCCAUCCGCAAGGGCAUGCAUAAGCGGAAUGCGAGCAAUAGUCAUUUGGUGAAGCAGCUGGCGCCCUUCAAUAAAAGUCCGAACCUGGAUCGAAACACCAUGGAUGAAGAUAUGGAUUCCGAUGACGAUGAGAAAGAAGACAACGAAGGUGAUGAUCAGGACGCGGGCGACGAGGACCAGCGCGAAGCCAGGCGCGCAAGUGCAAGACGGCCGGUCAGCAGAAGGUAUGCUAAUGCUUCACAAUCUACUGUCAAGAUCAUGCUAACAGUCAUGCAGGAAUACUGUCAACUCGACCACACUACGCACAUCACCUGCACCGGUCAGCAGAGACAGCUCGCCUCCGGCCUCACCACCGACAGCAACGCGACAAAAUACCAGAAGCUCGCAACGAGGCAAUGCAGCUUCCCCCAAAGAGAACACUCCGCCACUCAUCCAUGA